AUGGUGAAAAGGGUAAGAACAAUACCAGAAACUAAGAUCAUAUUAGGCAAAUCGCGCAUCGAAUACAAGCCUCUCGAAUUGAAUUCCGAAGACUUUAAUCCGAAACUCGCUCUAAGACAUUCUGCAAGCUACAAUAAUGACGGCUCGGUUGAAAGAAUCUCCAGCACUCGUGUUUCGACUCAGCAACUCAGUCUUCAUGGAUCAUUGGAUGAAGCUGUGAUAAAGUCGGAAAGCUCGUAUAACAAGACAUCAUCGAAGUCGGGACGAAAAUACUUGAUGGUGAUUGGGAUCAAUACCGCGUUUAGCAGCCGCAAACGCAGAGAUUCUCUGCGUUCCACUUGGCUUCCCCAAGGUGAUCAACUGAAGAAAUUAGAGGAAGAGAAGGGUAUAGUCAUACGCUUCGUCAUUGGUCACAGUAUGGCUGGGGACGGGGACCUCGAUAAAGCCAUCGACGAAGAAGAGAAGAUUCAUGGCGACUUCUUACGAUUGGACCAUGUGGAGGGUUACCUAAAGUUAUCACAGAAAACAAAGACGUAUUUCGCGACGGCGGUUUCUCUUUGGCACGCGGAGUUUUACUUGAAAGUCGAUGAUGACAUUCACGUCAAUCUCGCAACUUUGGCAACAAUACUGUCUGAACAUCGGAACAAGCCUCGGGUCUACGUCGGUUGCAUGAAGUCCGGUCCGGUUCUUGCGAGGAAGGGAGUGAAGUAUCACGAGCCGGAGUACUGGAAAUUCGGGGAGAUCGGUAACAAGUAUUUCCGGCAUGCGACGGGCCAAAUUUACGCCAUCUCGAAAGAUUUGGCCGAUUACAUAUCGGUAAACCGUAACUUGCUGCACAAGUAUGCCAACGAGGACGUCUCACUCGGCUCGUGGUUGAUCGGUCUAGACGUUACCCACGUUGAUGACAAGAGGCUAUGCUGCAGCACUCCACCAGUUUGCGAGUUCAGAGCCAUGGCGGGAAAAUUCUGCGCAGCAUCGUUCGACUGGAAAUGCAGUGGGAUCUGUAACUCGACCGAGAGAAUCGCAAAAGUCCACGAGAGGUGUCGUGAACCAGAAGACGAGUUGUGGAGCUCGAGUUUCUAAAUUAUUA